UCUCUUUGUCUCUUGGGGGUCCCUCAAGGAGCUCCCACCUGCGUGGCCGACCACCUCCAGGGACGGAGGCAUGGCUGAGCAGGAGAGCUUGGAGUUCGGCAAAGCAGACUUUGUCCUUCUGGACCAGGUGACCAUGGAGGACUUCAUGGAGAACCUCAAACUCAGGUUUGAGAAGGGGCGCAUCUACACCUACAUAGGAGAGGUGGUUGUCUCCGUGAACCCCUACAAGCAGAUGGAGCUCUACGGGAAGGAGGUGAUCGAGCAGUAUCGGGGGCGGGAGCUUUACGAGAGGCCGCCCCACCUCUACGCCGUGGCCGACGCCGCCUACAAGGCCAUGAAACGCCGGGCGAAAGAUACCUGCAUCGUCAUCUCAGGUGAAAGUGGGGCUGGCAAGACGGAGGCGAGCAAGUACAUCAUGCAAUAUAUCGCGGCCAUCACAAACCCUUCGCAGAGGGCUGAGGUGGAAAGGGUGAAGAAUGUUUUGCUCAAAUCCAACUGCGUCCUGGAGGCCUUCGGCAAUGCCAAAACCAACCGCAACGACAACUCCAGCCGAUUUGGCAAGUACAUGGACAUCAACUUUGACUUCAAAGGGGAGCCCACUGGGGGCCACAUCAACAACUACCUCCUGGAGAAGUCUCGCAUCCUCAAGCAGCAGCCAGGAGAAAGGAACUUCCAUGCCUUCUAUCAGUUACUGCUGGGAGCCACGGAUGCGUUACUGGACUCUAUGCAUCUCAGCAGAGAUCCUGCAGACUACCAGUUUACCAGGGAAGGUACCAACAGCAACUCCAUAGGUGGUGACAAAGCCAACUUCCAAGUGGUGGCAGACGCCAUGAGAGUGGUUGGUUUUACUCCCGAAGGAUCACACAUAGGUAGCUGGUUAUUGAAGGAAGCCUUGACUGGAGAGAAAGGUCUUGGCCUGCUUGACGAUGGACAGCAAAGACGGGGCCAGCUGGGCCUCCAGUGGGAGGGAGUUCCACAGUCUUUAAAUCCCCAGGGAUCACAAUGUGUGGCUUUCCCUCCUGGCCAGCUCGUUGGCUGGCGUUGCUUAAGGGGUCUUCCUUCCUCUGGUGGAAGAGGGCCACGGAGGGUCUCUUUUGACCUGGGAUGGAAUGGCUGGCUGGACCCUGACCCUUGCCACGUGCCCCACCUUUGCAGCUUCGAGCAGUUCUGCAUCAACUACUGCAACGAGAAGCUGCAGCAGCUGUUCAUCGAGCUGAUCCUGCAACAGGAGCAGGAGGAGUACCAGCGGGAGGGCAUCGAGUGGCAGCACAUUGACUAUUUCAACAACCAAAUCAUUGUGGACCUGGUGGAGCAGCCCCACAAAGGCAUCGUGGCCAUCCUGGACGAGGCGUGCCUGACGGUGGGAAACGUCACCGAUGCCCUCUUCUUAGAGUCCAUGAACGCCCGGCUCAGCAAGCACCCUCACUAUGCCAGCAGGAAGCUCAACCCUACGGAUAAGUCCAUGGAGUUUGGACGGGAUUUCCGCAUCAAGCACUACGCAGGAGACGUGACGUAUUCUGUGGAAGGCUUUCUGGACAAGAACAAAGACACCCUUUUCCAAGACUUCAAGCGACUGAUGUAUAACAGCACAGACCCUGUCCUGCAAGAGAUGUGGCCCGAAGGCCAGCAGAGCAUCACGGAGGUGACCAAACGGCCUCUGACAGCCGCCACCCUUUUCAAAAACUCCAUUGUGGCCCUGGUGGAGAAUCUGGCUUCCAAGGAGCCGUAUUACGUCCGAUGCAUCAAGCCCAACGAACAGAAGUCGCCUUCGCUGUUUGAUGAGGAGCGCUGUCAGCACCAGGUGGCUUACCUGGGCUUGCUGGAGAAUGUCCGUGUCCGAAGGGCAGGUUUUGCUUACAGGCAGCCUUAUGACCGCUUCCUGCUCCGGUAUAAGAUGACCUCGGAGUACACGUGGCCCAAUCACCUCAUGGCCACGGACCGGGAGGCCACGGAGACCCUAAUCUCACAGCACGGCUUCCAAGAGGACGUUGCCUACGGGCGUACGAAGAUCUUCAUCCGCACCCCUCGGACGCUCUUCCUGUUGGAACAGGAGCGGGCUCAGUUGAUCCCCAUGUUGGUGUUGCUGUUGCAGAAGGUCUGGAGAGGGGCUUUGGCCCGCAAGCGCUGUCGCUACCUGCGGGCUGUCUACACCAUCAUGGCUUACUACAAGCGCCACAAGGUGAAGGCCUACCUGCGGGAGCUCGUGCAGCGCUUCCAGGGGGUGCGAAGCAUGCCCGACUAUGGCAAGAAGGUAGAGUGGCCAGAGCCGCCGACUGUGCUGGCCGACUUCCAGAAGACCAGCAUGCGCAUCUUCCGCAGGUGGAGGGCCCAGCUGAUCGUCAAGAACAUCCCUCCCUCCGAGAUGGACCAGAUCCAAGCCAAGGUGGCCGCCCUCAGCGCCUUGCAAGGCCUACGGAAAGAGUGGGGUUGCUGCAGACCCUGGGAGCGGGACUACUUGCUCUCGGUCCGUGAAAACCCCACCAUGGCCACCCAGUUUGCAAAACGGGUGUCAGCCUUGAAGGACAAAGUGCACUUCAACGCUGUGCUCUUCUCAUGCCACGUCCGCAAGAUCAACCGCUGCAACAAGAGCACCGACCGAGCCAUUCUGAUCACAGACCAGCACCUGUACAAGAUGGACCCAAAGAAGCAGUACAAAGUGAUGCGAUCCGUACCUCUGAGCAUGGUGACAACAGUGAGCGUGACCAGCGGCGAAGAUCAGCUGGUGGUCUUCCACACCCAGAACCAGGACGGCCUGGUGGUGUGCCUCCAUAAAAUGCAGCCGCCGGACGACAACCGGGUUGGGGAGCUGGUGGGCGUGCUGAUGGACCACUUCAGAAGGACCAAACGGAAGCUGGACCUGAAGGUGUCGGACUGCAUCCAGCUGAACCUCCGUGGGCGGAAGAGGCUGGUCACGGUGGAGCCACGGGACGGCGGAGCCACGCCUGACUUCGCCAAGAGCCGAGAUGGUUUUGUGCUCUACUGGCCGAGGCGAUGAGGAGGGAAUGGGGGACGGCCCUGGAAAUGGCAUGAUGUGAAAAGGCAAGGGAAGAGAUCUGCCAAGGAACAAGCCAUUUGCAAGGGUUGCUGCGCUGGUCUCUUCCAACAGAAAUAACAGAGCGUAUUCGGCCCCGAACUUAAAAUCAUAGAAAAGUGGAGUGGGAAGGGGCCUGCAAGGCCAUCCAGUCCAACCCCCUGCUCAGUGCUAAAAAGACAGACACGUUUCAUUACAAUACGAGCUUUCAUGCCUAUUGUGGUUGAAAACCGGUAGUAGCAACUAGACAAGUCCUGAUCGAAUUAGUGGGGCAUUGGGUGAGUCCACCACUCUGUAAAUUCCAUUGAUGCAGUGGGCCUUCUCUACCUGCAACAGGUGACUGGCCUCCUGUACUCCAUGCAUCAAGAGAAAUGGGCUUAUGCCCCAUAGCUUCAUAGCUAGCCACAAGACCCUCUGUUGUCCUUACAAGUCAUUUCCCCCCACCUUCCUUUUCACUGUAUUGUUUUCCAGUUUAUGUUUUUUUUAAUUAUUAUUUUUAAAGGGGGAGGGGAGGAAUAUUGCAAUAAUGUACUUUUAACCCCCCCCCCAACGGUUCCACCCUAGCAGAAGGCUUUCCAGGUGGAAGUGUGUAUCUGGGGGAAUUAAGGAAACCUGGCAGACACACAGAUUACCUAGACAGUGGUUUGUUUGUGUUUUUUACUCACUGGGUUGAGAGAACUCGUCAUUCUGUUUAAAUGACCAGAAGCCAUUUCAAAUUUUGCAUCUGUACAGUUCAAAGAGACCAUGUCGUUUUAUGGAAAUUUAUGUCCUGUCUUCUUUAUACGUGUCAACCGUGAACCUCGGAUGGAAUGUUCUGGAGACCUUUUGCAACAGAGGUUUCUUUUUUUAAAAAAAAUUGAAUAUUUUUUGUAACCCCACCUUUCUCCUUAAAAAGGAUCCAGGGCAGCUUACAUCAACAGUACUUAAAGCGAGCAACAGUGAAUAUUCAAAUACUAAAAAGGUUUUUUU